AUGUCACCUACCGGAUCCAUGGAUGAAACGGCACCCCUCCUCCCCAACGCUCGGCGCACACAGCAGCAACUGAAUGUCCAUUCCCUUCAGAACUUUCCCGAAGUGGCAGGAGAGAACCGAACAAUUGGGCCCCGCCUUGUCGCCUCCCUUGUCAUCGAUUCAAUCCCUGUCAUUUUGUCCUACAUUUUACAGAAUUCUAUCCAGACAGUGUCGAUCGUGAUCACAGGCCGUCUGGGCCCAGAAGAACUUUCUGCGGCGGCAUUUUCGAUGAUGCUGGCCUACGUUACUGGCUGGUGCAUUGCGCUGGGAGGGGGAUCAGCCCUCGAUACCCUAGGCUCUCAGGCGUUUACUGGAGGAAGUCGUUCCACUGAUCUGUCUGUGCAUUUCCAGCGUUGCGUGGUGUUACUUUGGAUUCUUCUGAUUCCCGUCGGCGUGCUCUGGGUAUUCAUGGAGCCUGUCCUGCUGGCUAUCAAAGAGCCCCCUCGUCUUUGCAAGGACGUGCAAAAUAUUCUGCGGAUCUUGUUGUUCGGCGCGCCUGGAUAUAUUGCUUUCGAGUCCCUCAAGAAAUACCUACAAUGUCAAGGAAUUAUGAAGAUCGCUACUUGGGUACUGAUCAUCGUAUCGCCAAUCAAUAUCGCCCUAAACAUUUUCCUGGUCCAUUAUACUUCAUUGGGCAUGCUUGGCUGCCCUGUUGCGCUUUCCAUCACAUACUGGUGUGCAUUUUUCCUCUUGAUUGCGAUGACGUCGAUGUCUUCCAUGCAUAAACAAAACGCUACGUGGGGUGGUUUUCAACCCAAGGCUGUCUUCAACAUCGAGAGCUGCAUCGGGUUCCUCAAGUUGGCACUCCCGGGUAUCUUAAUGGUAGGCACAGAAUGGGCUGCAUUCGAAAUAGUAGCUCUUGCAGCCGGCCGGCUGGGAGAGCUUCCACUGGCGGCGCAGUCUGUCAUCAUGACCACCGACCAAAUCAUAAGCACGCUGCCUUUUGGAUUCGGGGUCGUCGCCUCAAAUCGCGUCGGAAACCUGAUCGGGGCACGAACGGCCAUCGGCGCAAGGAACGCAGCCCACGCUAUUGCUUUUAUUAGCGUCAUCGUUGGCUUCAUAGUGAUGAUGAUCAUGUUAGCAGCCAGAAAUAAAUUUGGCUAUAUCUUCAGCGAUGACGAGGACGUCGUCCGGCUUGUCAGCAAAGUAAUGCCUUUAGUCGCUUCAUUUCAAAUCGCCGACGGUCUGGCAAAUUCCUGCGGUGGUGUCCUUCGCGGUCAAGGCAAACAACACCUUGGCGCCAUGUUUAACCUUGUUGCAUACUACAUUCUUGCAUUACCGAUCGGAAUCACCCUCGCGUUCAAGACUGGUCUUGGCCUGCAGGGCCUCUGGAUCGGUCAAGUCAUCGGCCUCUUCACAGUAGGCCUAUCUGAAUAUGGUAUGGUAUGGCUCGGGACAAGCUGGGACCGAGAGAUACAGAAAGGAAUCAAGAGGAACGCCGAAGAAGCAAAGCGAAGGGCGUUGGCUGAACAGAUACGUCAGGAAGACGGUUUAACGAAUUGA